GGCGCCUUGCUCCGCGGCCGCCGCCAUGGAAUCCAACCGGGACGAAGCGGAGCGCUGUAUUGCCAUCGCAGUGGUCGCCAUCAAGGCCAACCAGACAGAAAAGGCACGUCGCUUCCUGGAGAAGGCGCAGCGCCUCUACCCGUCGCAACGGGUCCGCGUUCUGCUUGAGUCUCUCACCAAGAAGGAACACUCCUCUAAUGACCAUUCCCCGCCCAAGGAAUCCACAAACCCCAACCUUAGGAAAAUGAGCGGCGAAUUUUCUUCUGCCAAUGGGGAGGCAGGUGGAGAGACUACUAAAGGUUAUACGCCAGAUCAGGUAGAUGCGGUUAAGAGGGUAAAACAAUGUAAAGACUAUUAUGAAAUUCUGGGAGUAAGCAGAGACGCCUCUGAGGAGGACCUGAAAAAAGCUUACCGGAAAUUAGCAUUGAAAUUUCACCCCGAUAAGAAUCAUGCACCAGGUGCUACGGAGGCCUUUAAAGCCAUAGGUAACGCUUACGCAGUAUUGAGCAACCCGGAGAAGAGGAAGCAGUACGACCAGUUCGGAGAGGCGAAAAUCAGUCCCACCCGGCACGGACACGGCCCUCCGGACUUCCACCGCGGGUUCGAAGCUGACAUUUCCCCUGAAGACCUCUUCAAUAUGUUCUUUGGGGGUGGUUUUCCUUCUAGUAACGUUCACGUAUAUAGCAACGGCAGGAUGCGAUAUACCUAUCACCAGAGGCAAGACAGGCGAGAACACCAGGGCGAUGGUGGCCUUGGGCUGUUUGUCCAGCUGAUGCCUAUCCUCAUCCUCAUCAUUGUGUCCGCGCUCAGCCAGAUGAUGGUUUCAAGUCCGCCGUACAGCCUGAGUCACAGACCGUCUGUCGGCCACAUACACAAGAGAUCAACAGAGCACUUGAAAGUGGCCUAUUACGUAUCCGACACCUUUGCAGAAGAAUAUGCGGGCACAAACUUGAAGAACGUAGAGAGGAGCGUGGAAGAUGACUAUAUUGCAAACCUCAGAAAUAACUGCUGGAAGGAGAAACAGCAGAAAGAAGGCUUACUAUACCGGGCACGUUACUUCGGAGAUUCAGACCUUUAUCAGAGAGCGCAGAAGAUGGGCACGCCAAGCUGCAGCCGACUGUCGGAAGUGCAGGCGUCCUUGCAUGGAUAGCUGUUGUGGAAGGGCUCCAUAGAGGUCAAAACUCUUCAAAUGCCUGCAGACUUUGGAGGAAGUGAUCUGAGCCAAGGAGACAGUGUAAAGAAUUGGAUGUUAAAUUAAAAAGUGGAAUUUGAGGAUUAGCAACGCACAACUGCGCCCCCCCCCCGCCAUCUUCCCCCACCAUCACCCCUCCAGCAUCAGAUCUGGACAUUUCUUAGAACAGAAGGAAGACUCCUCGUCUGUUGUUCCUUCCUCCAGCAUCAGCAUCAACGGUCAUGCCUCUUUCAGGAUCCCAGAAUCCUGAAAGCCAAGUGUCUUUGUUUUCUUUUUUUAAAAAAAACCUGUGAGAGGGGGGCAGUGGGGGGGAGAGCAAAAGCAGACUCUCCUCUGCAGUUUCAUUGGUCACUUCAAAGUGGGUGGGCAAAAUCAGAUGAUCUGUAGGAGUAAAGAAAAAAUCAAUUUUAACAGCAGGAGAAAUAAUUUAGAAUUAACUUAUAAUUGUAAAUAUGUUGUACUUCUCAACUAUGCAGGGAUAGAAUUAAAUUAUUUCAUUUUUUUGCUGAACUUCAUAACCCAGGAAAUGUGCAUUUUAGCCUGUUCUCCCUCCCCUCUGCUCGGACUGUCCUUACAAAAUCUUUCCUACUUAAGGCAGCCUUAUUUGAGGACGUGAAAUUUUUACAUGUAAGUGGCUUUUUCUGAUGGAAAUAUUACAUAGAAUCCAUAAUCACUGGAACCUCUAGGAAUGUUGUCCACGGACAUCCUGGCCCUGGUUUGGAUUUCUGACCUCAGUUGGAGUAUUCAAAUCUCCUACAGCAAGGAGAGGGAAAUUGCCCCCAGCGAUCUGUAGCUCAUCUGGAGUUGCCGCUUGUGUUUCGCGUGGAACUUCUUAUUUAUUUUUAUCUGUUGCAGCCUGUCUCUCCUCUGCUUGCAAUCAGUGUUUCUUUUGGCACCCAGAGCUUUCCCUCCUGGCUGCUGUUCCCCCGCCUUGCAGGGCUACAAAGUUGUAAGCAAGGUUGCCUUUCCUUGGCAUACGACGACUACUGAUUCCGUUCCAAGCACUAAGCACCAGUGGCCAUUGUCCACCAUGUGCUGCCGCUGACACGUAUCUCUCUUUUGUUUCAGUGGAGCCAAAAGACAUCUCCCUUUGCAGGGAAGGGGGAGUGUGCAGCCAUGGUAUUCAGCCCUCUGUUGACUUCCUCUUUUUGAUCACAAGGGGCUUUUGCUUCAGUCUGCCAGGAUGGGGUGAACUGAAAGUCAUAUCCCCGAUUCUGCAUAGUCCAUCUUCCAUUCGAAAGACCUGGGAUUUGGACCCAUGUUCUUAAUCAUGCCCAUACUGUUCACUAAAAGCCACUGGAAUGCUGUGAAAGGAACCCAAAGGGUAUCCAAGUUAAUGCCUGCAGAUUUGGCAAACCUUGUUGUGCUGUGCUGGUAACGGGGUAUAGGUACCAGGGAACCAAUAUGUCCGCAAAUCUCCCCCCACUUGUGAAGAGCUCCUGCAUUCAUUUCAAUGCUGGGGGCACUUUAGUGCACGUAUUCCUUUCGGAAUGCCUGGAUUGACUCCCUCCAAUGUAAUGAGCAGGGGGUUCAAGAACAGAGUUAGAUUGAGGAAGCCAAAUUCCCCUCAGUUAACAUGGAUUGGAUCCUUCUUUUCUUUUCUUUUUUAUUCUGGGCACCUUUUCUGUACCCAGCGUUUUCAGACUUUGUGCUGGAUCAGAAUAACGCCAGCUGCUCCGUGAGAGUUUAGGAGUGGCAAGAAAGGUCAUUUUAUUCAAGUAGCUCCUUUGGAAUCAUCAAACUGGAUUUUCAUGCCACGCAAGUCACUGAGUGUGCCUUGUUACCAGUUGUAACUUACCCCUAUUCAAGGGUAAAUCCAGUGCAUACUUACUGCAAAAAAGACUCCUUCCUUAACCCUCCAGCUACCAUCCCUUAUCUUGUAAUGGCAAGUGCAAGCCAUGAAAUCAUCCAAAACCUCAGCCUUGUUGACUAAUCUGCCAUGAUCCCAGAGGCUCCAGUGGUUUGGGCCGUUCACCUUUCGGCAUGAAGUUUCCGACACCUUGAGAGUGGCAUUGGUGGUCCCAGGGCCUCCCCGUCCCAAGCAUUUGAGUUCUCAAGUAGAUAGCCAAGGAUGACAUAAGCAAUGUGCAAUAAAAGGCAUAGAUCCUGAAGGAUACAAGAGGCUGUAUUUCUUAACUUAGAAUUAUACAAUUGUACAUGUAUAAAUAAAAGUUUAUAACAUGAAA